UAAUCAUAAUGAAUAUAUCUAUGCCAAGAGCAAAGCAGAGAGACCCGCUAAAGCAACUACCUUAUUACCAUGGCAAAUUAUCUCGCCACCUAGCGGAAGUACUGUUGAUGUCAAAUGGCGAGGAAGGGAGUUUUCUUGUACGACUCGUCAAUAUCGCCGCAGACGAAUAUUGUAUUAGUGUCAGAGCUAAAGACCAAGUCAAGCAUUUUAAAUUGAUUAAAGAUGGGAUGAGCUAUAUGUUGGGAUUUGCCGACUUCGAAUCUAUUUCGUUACUUCAGUCUUACAUCGCAAAUCAACCGGUACUUGGAAGCAGGCAAUCAGAUUUGGGAGAUAACUUCGAAAAUGGAACCAUGGUCACUCUGAAAUAUCCUUACCCGAAUCAUGUGGAGGAACCGCAAGGCUUUGAUGAAAUUCGCAUGCAUUCCACGAUUUCAGUCGAUUCAACAGCAAAAAGUCUCAAACAAAGAAUCAGGGCAGUCCCAAUGGCGACCAAAUCUGGAUAUCUUACAAAAGAAGGAGGAUCAUUUAAAUCAUGGAAACGAAGAUGGUUCGUCUGCAUCAGGAAUAAACUCAGUUAUUUUGAGAAUAAAGAUGACGGGAGGCUGAUCAGUACGAUUGAUUUAACUGAAGCGACUCAGUGUGGAAGGACAGAACUGCCAGGAAAAGAAGACAAAUUCACAUUUGCUCUCGUUUGUAAAGUCAGAACCUGGAAUUUCAUAGCAGAUAAUGGAAAUGAUAUGCUGGAAUGGCUUGAGCUUCUCUCUUGGAAGAUUCGGCAAAAUACACUUUGAAAGACCCCUGACUAUAAAUAGAAUAGACUUUCACCUAUGCAAAAGACAAUUAUAAUAAUACAAUGUACGGUGCUACCAUGUCCUGUGAUCUAUCGCCAUAGACCGCCCACCCAAAUGCAGACUUAAGUCCCCUGCUUUGGGGUUAAGGGACAGAUCCAUGUCAUAAAAUGGUAACUAAAUUAACUGAUGUUCAUCAGGAAUGGAAAAUACAGUAGCAAUCUCACACUAUAGUAGCUAACAAUAAGCAACAAAAAA